UUUUUUUUUAAAAAAAAAGCAAAGCAAAGCAAACAGGCGUUUCAAUAUGUCUUCACUUAUCAAUCUCAACUCCGAAUGUGCAGUAUGCUAUCGUGAAUUGAAGCUUUCCAAGAGGUUCAGGUACAUCAUAUUUAAGUUGUCUGAUGACUUGAAAGAAAUUAUUGUUGAAAAAACUGGUGAUGCUUAUGAUGAAUUCGUUGGCAAUCUUCCUGAAGACAAACCUCGCUAUGCUGUUUAUGAUUUUAACUAUAAGGGACCUGACCAAAAUCAUCGCAGCAAAAUUGUUUUCUACUUUUGGAACCCUGAUCGUUCCAAGGUUAGAGAAAGAGGUUUAUAUGCUUCCAACGUGGAUGAUUUUCUUUCAAAGUUGGACGGUGUAGGUUUGUACAUUAAAGGCGCGACAUUUUCUGAGGUAGACUAUGAUACCGUGCUUGAAAAGGUCAUGUAAUCCACCUAAAGAUGCUGCUGUGCUUAAACUAAGGAUGGAUUGGAUGGAUGCAUUAUAUACUUCUUUUUACACCAGUCGCACAUAUGAUCAUUUAGGCUUUGGUUAUCUUUAUAAAACAACAAAAAUAAAAAUAUAUAAAGAUAUUGAUACUGUAUCUAUUUCUUUUUCCUUACCGCUGUACAAAGAUUCCUUUUUAUUUCUGUUACUGAUGACGAUGAAUACAUACCAUUAUUCCUGAUGUUGAUGUUGAUUAUUUCUUAAUAACAUAGACGACGUAUACAUUUACAUGGACUUCUAUUUCAAAAUAAUAACAAAUGAUAA